AUGGCCGAAUCUACCGAUUCCUACCCCACAUCGUUGAACACUUUGUUCGACGUUGCAUCGCCGCUGAAGGGACAGUUCAACCCCGUGCGCUUGGAGGAUGCACAGAUCUUUCCAAUCCUGCAGUUGCCCCUGGCAAAGGCAAUCUUUGGACAUGACUCAUCGGAUCAAGAUACCAUCAACCGUGUUUCUAGUGGAGAAACAUCCUACACCAGCUUUGUUGCUGAAAAGACGAGAGCAAUCUCGCAGACUUCGAUAGAUGGCCUUACACCUGAGCAACAACGUUCUCAACUACUUCACAUCGGUCAGGCUGCUCUGUUCGGUUUUCUGCAGUCCAAUGUCACUGGUCCUCCGUUGAACUUUAGCCCGGCUGAGGUCAUCUUCCCAUCUGCUAUCCAGUCUGAUGCCGCCACUCUCAAAGCUGUCCGCGCCCACGCCAUUCGCGAGCUCUCUGUGGAUGGUGAGGCCGCUUACAAGUUGACACCUAAUGUGGAGCUUUUCUCUGUGGCAAAGGCCGUCCUGGUCGACGCAAAUGUCUUGCAGGAAAACGGUCCCUUGAUGGCUCGGACACUUAGAAUGCGUGUUAAUUUCCUCCACCAGAAGAUGCUUUCGGAAGUCACCGGCACAUUGCAAAAUGAAAUCUAUAAUGGUGUUGAGGAGCUGGCGAAGGCUUUACUGGGUGAAAACUCGGUCUCUUCUCCGCAAGAAAAAGGAAUAUUCCUCCUGGAACGAGCAACUAUCAAUACUCACCAUGGAUUCGACAUCAAAGCCAGAGCAGACAUUGAACAGGCUGCAGCACUGAGGAAAUUCGAGUUUGCUUUGGUUGGAAAGCUGGGAAAGAGAACCAAGUUCCAAGAGCGCGACAUCAGUCAACUCGUUGUUUUAGCCAAGAGUUCUGACGAUAUCUCUUCCCCCGAGAAGGACACUACUCAACCGUCAGGGCCCAAGAACCUGGAUCUCAAUGAUGAUACCCUUCUGGAGUCUAUCUCUUUUACCAAGGAUACGGAACAGGCACCCAAAGAUAAGCCCGUGACCGUCCAAGACGAGUCCUCUCUAUCACCUACCUUGGCAUCCCUAGACGCCGGAAACCAGCCCAUCCUUGACCCUAUUGACUCCGCCAUCCUUUUGGCUAUGGCAUCGGCCAUCACCAACACCUCACCCGAUAACGGAUUGACCCGAGAAGAAACCCAACCCUACGCAAACCGUGUCCUUGAGGGUGGUAGCUCCAACUGGCAGAUCUACACCCAAGCCUUGCUUGUCCGAAGUAGAGUCGAAGGCUAUAGAGCGCGUACAGUUGAGAGAGCAGUUUUGCAGUUGCAAGCCCUCGUUGACCAGAUCAUCGCGGACACUGCCACCUCUGACACAGACGCCACUACGGCUGUCGAAAAACCGACAACCUUCCUCCCCAGACCCGAGGAGUCAGAAUCCGCAUCCGCUGCUGAACGACUUGAGUAUAUCUGGCCCUUGAGCUUCUCGACCAGAUGGGACCUCGAGUCAGAGCUGGCAGAACGAUGGGUGAACAUCGGAGGUUUGCGAACCGCUCUUGACAUUUACGAGCGCCUACAGAUGUGGGCUGAAGCAGCUCUCUGUUACGCCGCCACUGAAAAAGAAGAGAAGGCCAAAAAUAUCGUUCGUGGACAGCUCUACGAACCCACCAACAGGGUUGUACAGGAUGAGGACAAGGAGAAAUUCGAAGGUCCCGAACUUUCUCCCCUUCCUGCUGAUGCUCCACGAUUGUUCUGUAUUCUGGGUGACAUCGAUACGGAUCCAACUAUGUACGAGCGUGCUUGGGAUGUCUCCAACAAGCGUUAUGCCCGUGCCCAACGCUCUUUGGCUCGUCACUAUCUCACCUUGAAGCCCCCCGCUCUGGAGAAGGCAGAGGAUGCCUACCGCAAAAGUCUUCACAUCAACCCGCUCAACCAUGGUGCCUGGUUCGCUCUUGGUUGUGUCCAGCUCGAGUUGCAGCAAUGGGAUAACGCCGUCGCUUCUUUUCAACGGACUGUUCAGAUUGAAGACACCGAUGCCGAAGCAUGGAGUAACCUUGCCGCAGCUAUGCUCCGAAACCCCAGACCAGCGACAGAAGAAGAUGAUGAUGAGGAGACAGAAACGACUAAUACUACUCAAGAAAAGCUCGACGACGAAGAAGACGAACAACCGGCUCCGAAGAAGCAAAAAGACCCAUUUAAGCGUAAGCGGGGGGCCCUUGCAGCCCUCCACCGCGCCGCACACCUCAAACACGUUGACGCUCGCAUUUGGGAUAACGUCUUGACAGUAGCAGCUUCAAUUCCGCCUCCAUUCACACCAUUUCAAGAUGUCGUUCACGCCCAGAAACGACUCAUCGAAAUUCUUGGCCCGAAGAAGGGUGAAGAAAGUGUUGAUCUUCCCAUUCUGUCCAUUCUGGUCGACUUUCUCAUCAACAAUUACGAGUAUGAGAAGCUUCUGAUCGAUAUCAACGAAGACCCAUCGCUGCCUGCCAACCGUGUCAUCCGCAGUGGUACAGUCCCCGGUCAGAUCCUUUCACUCGUUGACGACCAUGUUGUGCCAUUGAUCACCCACUCCGCCCGGCUCUGGCUCGUCGUCGCCCGCGUGGAGCAGUGGCGUGAGCGGCCAUCCAAGGCAUUCGAAGCCAAUGAGAAGGCCUGGCGUGCCACCAUCGCCUCAUCAACACAGGGUGCGUUCCAGAUGGGCGAUGAGAAGAAGUGGUCGGAAGUUGUCCGGGCGACAGAGAAGCUGGUUUGUGAUGGCUACGCCAAGUUUGGCCCGAUGGAUAAGGAGGGCCAAGAAGGCGUUGCCGAUGGAGAGGCCGAGCUCGUUGCCAAGGACUGGCGAUUCAAGGCCCGUAGUGCUGUUAGGGGAAUCCUGGGUAAGGGCAAAGACUUCUGGGAGGACAGCGAGGGCUGGACUCGUUUGAAGGGGUUGCAGAGUGAGAUGGGAAGUGGUUAG